CCGUGCUCCACACAGACCCCUGCGACUCCCCAUCAGCGACUUCACAUCUGCCCCAGACUGUACAAAGCUGAUUUAAAGAGCAGAAGACAUGGCUGUUGUCAGUGGAACUUACCGUAUGGUGUCAGAGGAGGAGCAGGCUCUCAGGGCCAAGCUGGAGCGUCUCACUGUCAAGGACCACGGGCCAGUGUUUGGACCUUGUGCUAGCCUGCCAGACCACACCAAGCAGAAGGCCAAGGACGAGCUGAACGAGACAGAUGAGAAGCGGGUGUCUGCUGUGAAGGAGCUGCGAGGAAUCAUUAAGGAGAAGGCAGAUGCAGGGGAUGAACUGGCCAAGGGGGUGCAGGACACCUUCGGGGAGAAACCAGACAGUAUACUGGUCCGCUUCAUCCGCGCCAGGAAGUACGACGUGCCCCGAGCCUUCGAGCUUAUGAAGGGCUACGUGCGUUUCAGGAAGGAUUACCCCGAGCUGUUUGAGAAUCUGACCCCAGAGGCCGUACGCAGCACCAUCGAGGCCGGUUACCCCGGGAUCCUGCAGAGCAGAGACAAAUACGGCCGCAUAGUUCUGCUCUUCAACAUCGAGAACUGGGACUACGAGGAGAUCACCUUCGAUGAGAUCCUGCGCGCCUACUGUGUGAUCCUGGAGAAGCUGCUGGAGAACGAGGAGACUCAGAUCAACGGGUUCUGCAUCAUUGAGAACUUCAAGGGCUUCACCAUGCAGCAGGCGUCAGGAAUCAAACCCACCGAGCUCAAGAAGAUGGUGGACAUGUUGCAGGAUUCGUUCCCUGCUCGUUUCAAAGCUGUGCACUUCAUCCACCAGCCCUGGUACUUCACCACCACCUACAACGUGGUCAAACCACUCAUGAAGAGCAAGCUGCUAGAGAGAGUGUUCGUCCACGGAGACGAGCUGGAAAACUACUACAAGGAGUUUGACGCUGAAAUCCUUCCCUCCGAGUUUGAUGGAAAAGGCUCCAAGUACGACGGCAAGGCCGUAGCAGCCAAGCUGUUCGACUAAAUAGCCUCCGUCCCCCUUUGCCAACGAGGCUGAGAGCCGUUAAACAUUACAAACCCCAUAGACUGUGGAGACUCAAACCCCCCAAUCUAGCUGUGUGGUUGUAGGAAAAAAAAAAAAAGUUAAGAAUGAGAGUCGUGAGUGUGUGAGAAGUUCAAUUUAUGUUGUUUUCCAGGGACCUGACAUAGCACAGUUAAACAGGAACAAGGCAGUCUCACUUCCAGUUGUUGAAACCAUGCACCCUCAAUCAGUACACCACUAUACAGUCUUCUGUAUGAGCCAUUUACUACUUUAACACCUUACAGCUCCUCAGUUUUAGCUUUGAUGCCCAAAGCCCAUUACAUACUGGAGGCACUGGCACAUUUUCAAGUUUAAACCAUUAAUUACUGACUACAUAUACUUAUAUUUUACUUCACACCAGUAUAAUAUGAAAAUCAACCUUCCUAGUCUUCAAACUGGCCUGGAAUAAACAAUUCAUUCAUUCUGUUCACAGUGAACAUUUAAGUGCCUUUAUAUUUCUUUUUUGGUCAACUGUGUUAUUUUAGCUCAGUGAAGCAGUUUUGGGCAGGACCUGCUUUGAUGCUCCCUCGUCGUUGCAUUCAAAGAAGCUCUGACAUUCAAGAUUUGAGAGUUUGUUGCCAAACAGCAACCCACAUUAACACAAAAAGAGCAAAUUUGUUUCUCAACACCCACGUUUGCUUAUUGGUUUUUUUUGUCAGUUCUGCUUUUUAGCAGCUGAUUCACAAAAUCUUGGAUCUCUGAGUUUUUCCGGAAGGGAUCAACAUGCUCACAACUGCAAGAAACAAUGAAAUAACUCUGAUUUAUAAAAGUGUUGAAAUGUUCACAGCGAUCAAUUAGCUAUCUUUCAGACACUUUCAAGUUUUUUGCAAAUUGAUUUUCAUACCAAACUCAAAGGAAUGAGAACCUGUGGCUGUCUGGAAGGUAGUAUUUAAUGUAAAAUAGCAUGACAUUUUAGCCUUUUAAAUGGUAUUUCAUGAAGGAAAAAAAAACAGUAAAAUAUUCAUUAAAAACCCAUGUUGAGACUGUUUCAGAUUCUCUGUCUCCUCUGUUAAAUUAUGCUUUGUUUGGGUCGUACUGUAGUUCACCCACACAGCUUGUUUUAACACCUUCAGGCCUCGACUCUCAGUUUCCACUCACUUGCCCCUCAUCUCUCCUUGAAGUACAAGGCUGAUAUUCCAACAAGUGCCUGUCUUUCAUGUGUUUUUUAGGUUGUUCUUCAAUAUGAAUAUUAUGAAGUUUUACCCACUGUGCUACCUGGUGCACCAAUAAGAAUGUCAAUAAAUGUACAAUAAACUGUAUAUAAAUGUACAUUGUAGUCUUUGCAUUAAUUUACACGUAAAGAAAAAAAAAAAGGGAAUCCUGGAAUAAGUUGCAUGUAUGUGAAAAAUAUUUAUUAUUGUGUGAGUUAAAAUAAGAUGACUGUGUAACACAUCAAAGCAAAACACACUAGGAUUAGAUUAUAAAUCUCACACUCAUAUGCAAAUACACAUUAUAGUGCCGUACAGUACAAUUGCAACUGUAAAGACAGUAAAGUGCAGGCAAAACGGUCCAUUUCGUAACCGUUAGGACAUAUUGCACAAGCAGCGGCAGGCUGCACUGGGCUUUUAACAGGAAGAUUGACAAUUUAAAAGGACCAGUGUGUAAAGUUUAGGGGGAUCUAUUUGCAGUAACGGAAUAUAAUAUUCAUAAGUGUUUUUUAAUUAGUGCAUAAUCACCUGAAACUAAGAAUGGUUGUGUUUUUGGUACCUUAGAACGAGCCCUUUACAUCUACAUAGGGAGCAGGUUCUCUUCCAUGGAGCCCGCCAUGUUUCUACAGUAGCCCAGAACAGACAAACACUGGCUCUAGAGAGGGUCUUUCAUGUUUUUUGCAGCCUUCAUGGCCACCGUACGUUCUUCUACAUGCUUGAAAGAGGUGAGGGGUAUUCAGUUGGUUGCAAACUGCGACCUCACCACUAGAUGCCACUAAAUCCUACACGCUGGUCCUUUAAGUACUAUUACAUCUUUUGUUUUGAUGAAAUAAGACAUGCAUGUAAAAGAUACUGAACAGAGGUGAAUCAAAUAGUUGUAAAUAACCUUAUAGAGUUCAUUUUAAGCUAGGUGAAGUUGGGUGGAGAGUCCACUGCAUUUACAUGAACACCACAGGUAAUAUUCAAUAUUGCAGUGAGAAAGGUCCAAACUGCUAAACAAACACUUACAGAAAACAAAACCUUUCUGCACACAAGAUUCACCUCAGUUGUGUUCUUUUAUUUUUCGUUGAUGUUUCAACCUUUAUGAGUACUUUUAUAACUGAAAUAUACCAUGAGACACAACAGGGGUAAGCUUCAUGUGGUAGUCUUCAUUUACUUUUUGUGUUUUUCUAUGUAGGAAAUGUUUCACUGUCUGAAUUCUCCUCACUGUAUUUAUUGUCUUAAAUAGGCAACCCCACCUAUUAGGCAAGUAACUGUAAGCAGCUUAAAAUAAACCCCCAAAAAACCUCAGACACUUAUGAAACUCGUCAGUAAGUCCUUGUUCAAAGUGUUAACUAAUAUGAGACCUCUAACGUAUUUGAGCCAAAGCCAUGAGCCUUUUUUAAGGAAUGAAGCGUCGGCCAGAAUGCAGCAGAUCGAUCAUUAAAGUCCACUUUCCACUUUUUGAGUAACUUCGUAAAAUAAUACACCACAAAGACCAGUCAGUGCAUAAAACGAAAGUCCAAAAUUGGAUUUCUCAUUUUAAACAUUUCCUGUUUGUGUCCUAGUUGCACUUUCCUCUCUCCUGUUUGCAAACAUUUUUGACCCUAAUGUGUCCUGAACAACCCUUUUAAGUUCAGUUAAGUUUUCCAGUAUCUCCUGCCCUGGAUUGUAGACUUCUAAACUGAGCUAAUAAUCAGAGUCCACAACAGCGUUUAGGGAAUUAAACCACCUGACCAUCCUCAUCCUAUAGCAGGAGGCAUCACAGUAAUAACUGCUGUUACCUGCUGGAUUUAAGGGUCUGUGGAGAAAUUCAUGGAAUGGGACAAGUUGACCAAAAGCAGUACAAUGUUAAAGCUAGUAUGUAUAAAGCCCGCAUAUUUCCAUUCAACAACACAGAAAAGAACUGCCAGAAAAACAAAAACAUUAAAUAAAAAACUAUCACUUUUUCUUUUGUUAUUCUUAAACCUCUUUAAAAGCCUGACAACCUGAUUCCUUUAUUUCAAAAAGGUCAGCAGCAACAACGCAGGCUGAUGGUCCACUAAACGCAAUGGAAAUGCAAAGAAAAAUCUAAAGACGCUCAACCGUACAUCCACGAACCGAACUGGUUAUUUAAAAUUUGUUGGGUUUUUUUCCUGCAAUAAGAAAGCACGAUUCUCUUUCUGUUUCUUAGUAGAAACAGACGACAUCGUGUCAAAGAAUAUGCAAAAUAAGAGUACCCUUACAAGUACCAGAAAGUACCAUUAAAACUUUACGUUGACCCCCGAACAAAAGCUGAAAAUACCGACUAUAAACCAGAAAUCAUGUCAGGCAGCUCGAUGAUCCAAGUGAAACUAGAACUCAAAUCUUUCGCAGACUCACGUUUAUAUUAAGGCACUUACAUAUGCUCGGAGUAAAUAUGGUGUUUUAGGGAGCAAGAAUUU